AUUCAACCGUGUAUACUCAAAAAACUUAUUGAAGGGCUUUUUUCGCAGUCGCCCUGGCCAUUGAGGUCCUCACGGGUGUUGGUGGCACCAGACACCACAGACGAGCAUCUGCAGAUGGUGUCUUCUUCGUACACUGUCUCGACUUCUGAGUGCUUUCCGUCUCGUCUGCGGUAAUUCUCAGCAAUAUCCAGGGUGGAAUUCUUCGAUAUCAACACUAUGGGUGGCCUUUUUCUACAUUUUAUCCUCGGCCAGAUGGCUUUGGCCUUGGUAGUUACGGCCGCGGGCAUCACCACACCGAAAUUCCCAGAUACACCUGAUCCCUUCCUUGACUACCUCGAGAACACGAACGUCGAUACGGUAUCACUAUUUCCCAAUGUCAAGGACGCAUCUUUCGAAGACCAAAAUUUCACCGUCCACGACUUCUUCGACCGGAAAUGGAGACAAGAACAAGGGCUGCCAGAUCCCAGGAAUGAACUGCAACCUCGCGAUGAAUACAUGGCGCCCCACGGAAGCAGAUACGUUGGGGACGGUGGGAAGUUUCUGCCGCCAGCUCACAGGUGCUUUGUGGAAGCAGAAGGUGCGCAGAGUGGCAAUCUGGGAGGCGCCUACCUUUGCCGAGAUUAUCUCUGGCUGUUUAAGAACAACCGCUAUUGCAAAACGUUUAGGGACCGAGGGCCGAAUGACCGCUAUUGCGAGGCUAUGUACGAUGGGGUUCGCACGGUGAUUCGAGGAGUACCAAACAGCGGGCGCUGGUAUAUUAAUGCCGAGUGCAACCAUGUUGCGACUGCGGUGACUUGGGUGUUGGACACUUGCGCCACUACAUCAGAGUGUUAUCACAGGAACUGCCCUGUUGGGGGCACGGCGACAGCAAAGGGUCGGGAGCUACUCACUAUCUCUGUCACGAAUCACUAAAUGUGUGGUAGUGUUGGACGCUGUGGUGGACGCAUGGAAUUUGUAC